UCCUACAGAAGAAAAUAAUAAUGAGCGUGUACAAUGUGCCUGCCUACUAGUAGCCACCGGAGUUGACCUGAAGGAAGUACUUGACUCUGUAAUGUAAACAACAGGACCUUCAAGUGUACAAAAAUGGUAGAUUAGUUUGGAUUAUUAUCACAAGAAAAGGUUACCAAUCUGUAAGCAAGCUAUGGCUAGACUAAGAUGUGUAAUAUUCUCAUGUCUCAUCUUGAUGCAGUCUUGUUUCUCCUCUUCUUUUAUGUUUAAGCAAGGUCAACAGCUGAGAGCUUCGAAUAGUUCUGAUGAUGUAGUUUCAGCUAAUGGUGUAUUCAAACUAGGCUUCUACAGCCCUGGCUCUUACUUGUCAAUAUGGUAUAGAAACAUAGAAAAGAAUCCAGAAGUAAUUUGGCUAGGAAACCGGUAUCCAAUUCCAGACCCUUCUGCUGUUUUCACCUUGGAUUUUGAUGGAAAGUUGAAGAUCACAAGCAAAAGAGGCCAACUCAUUGUGUUGAACCCCAAUCAGAACAAGUCUGGUAAUGUCACUGCCUCUUUAAUGGAUUCUGGUAAUUUUGUGCUGUAUGAAGUAUCUGAUAAUGGAACACUAGGAAAAGUUUUGUGGCAAAGUUUUGAUUACCCAAUUAACACAUUGUUACCUGGAAUGAAACUUGGUAUGAACUUGGAAAACGGACAAAGUUGGAUAGUUUCUUCUUGGUUAAGUUGGCUAGCCCUCACACCAGGAGCUUUCAGGCUUGGUGUUGAUCCAGGUGGAACAAACCAAUUGGUUCUCUGGAAAAGAGAGGAUGUUUACUGGACUAGUGGGGUGUGGAAAAAUGGGAGUUUUCAGAAUGCUCCUGAGCUUACUAGGAGGGCUGAUUUAUUUGAGUUCAGUUUUGUUUCAAAUAAAGAGGAGAAGUACUUUUCUUACAAAGCAAGAAAUACUUCUACUGUUUCAAGGUUGGAAGUGAACUUUUGGGGACAAAUUGUGCAGUAUGUUCUUGCCAAAGACGGAAUUUCUUGGGAAAACACUACUUUGGUUAGUCUAUGCAAACAUGGUAAGGAAUUUCCAAGUCUAGUGGAGUGUGUAAAGCAUAAUCCAUCCACAUGCAGUAGUAACAAUUCUGAAAUUUUUGUGCCCAUAAGAAGCUAUGCUAAUUCGACUAAAUCGAGUUACAUGGAUUAUAACACAAACAUAUCUCUCAUUGAUUGUCAAGCUACUUGCUGGAAAAAUUGCUCUUGCAUUGGUUGUGUAACUCUUCAUCAGAAUGGAACUGGAUGCUUUUACAUGACAAACAUAUCUGACGUAUCUCUUGAUGAGCGCUUUGACUUUGGUUUUUACCUUGAAUCUCGGUUUAGAUCAGGAGGGGCAACUAAUGUAGGAGGAACAAAGAGAGAUUCAAGAGAAGGCAAGAAACAAAUAUGGUGGAUAUUAUGGUUCAUCAUAGCAGCCAUAACUGGUGUCACAGUGCUACUUUUUGGCUAUUUGUUUUACCGGAGGAGAAGACUACUUAGACUCUUGCAACAGACAGGAAACUCGGAAUCAAGUAAAGAUGAGGCGUUUCUUCAGCUAAGGUCUCAAGCUCCAUCUAUCAAUCCAUUGAGUGGUACAGAUACGCUUAGAAGAGGCAGAAAAGGCCAGGAUUAUGAGUUGUUUAGUUUUGCUGAUAUAAUUGCUGCAACUGAUAAUUUCUCACUUGCCAACAAGCUAGGAGAAGGAGGUUUUGGACCCGUUUACAAGGGUAAAUUACCAGAUGGGCAAGAAAUUGCUGUGAAGAGACUUGCAAGGCAUUCAGGACAAGGACUAGAAGAAUUCAUGAAUGAGAUAACACUAAUAGCUGAGCUUCAACAUACCAAUCUAGUUAGUCUUUUGGGUUGUUGCACUCAUGCAGAAGAGAAGAUGCUCAUAUAUGAAUACAUGCCAAAUAAAAGCUUGGAUUUCUUCCUCUUUGAUCCUAUUAGAAGGAAGAUUUUAGAUUGGGAAAAACGUGUUAACAUUAUUGAAGGGAUAGCACAAGGACUUCUUUAUCUUCACAAGUAUUCCAGAUUGAGAAUCAUACAUAGAGACUUGAAAGCUAGCAAUAUUUUACUUGACGAAGAUAUGAAUCCAAAAAUAUCAGAUUUUGGCAUGGCUAGAAUUUUUGGGCGAAAUGAGUUGACAGCAAAUACAGAGAGAGUUGUAGGGACAUAUGGCUAUAUGUCUCCAGAAUAUGCCAUGAAUGGAAUUUUCUCUGUCAAGUCUGAUGUGUAUAGUUUUGGAGUUCUACUACUAGAGAUUGCGACUGGCAAAAAGAACACCAUAGGAACUGUCACUCUAAUUGAACUUGCUUGGGAUUUGUGGAACAAAGAAGAAAGCUUUGGCCUUGUAGAUGAAUCAAUUGACCUUUCAUACCCCAAAGAAGAAUUUAUGAAAUGUGUUCGUAUUGGUCUUCUAUGUGUACAAGAGCUUGCAACAGAGAGGCCAACCAUGUCAGAUGUGAUCUUUAUGCUCUCAAACGAUGUCGUUUCAUUGCCUGAGCCGAAACAACCUGCAUACUGUGGUAGUGGAAAAAAUGCCGGAUCAUCAGGAAGUGAUUGGAUUUCGGAUACUGCAUCAAUAAACAAUGUAUCUAUUACCGUUAUGGAGCCCAGAUAGCAGCUCUAUCAAAUUUACCAUAAUCCUUUGGUUUGAGCAUAUUUUACAAGUCAUGGCUCAUAGUUCAGUCCCAAAUAUCUCUACGACUUCUACAUCAAGUGGUAGGAGCAACAGACAACUUCUACCUUGCUAACAAGCUAGGGGAAGGUCUAUAUCAAGUAUGCACAGUGUUUUGGACUAAAACCAAAUACAAAACUUUAAGACGAACUCCUUUAACAAUCAUCAGCUAAAACAGAGUACUCUGUUUCUAAUGUAUUUGAAUAUGCUUUCCGAAACAGGAAAGUUCACACAGCUGAAACCAACAAGAAAAGUAAAACCAGAAUUGGAAGUGUGCUUAUUUUCGUGGCUUUUUAUCUUUUCUUAUGGCAGGGAUACCUGAAACCCCAAGAUGCAUUAAGUAUGUUAUUUGUUUCUUGCAGAUUAACAAUCAAUAUGCAAAAGUGUAAUGUUCCAGAGAAAACAGUUGAUAACUUUUGUCAACAAAAGUAUGUUAGUUACAAUAAGUAUACACCUAAGCUUUUGUUCA